CAUAAGCUGACGGAUCAUCGAUCAUUGAGCUCGCAGCGAUCUACACCGGAGGAGCUGAUGCCCGCAUCACAUCAAACGGACCAAUGAGAGAGCUCAAAGCUCAUUCGUUUAGAUUUGAUAAACAUGCACGAGAUGAGAUCUGAAUUAAUUUGAUCAUUACUGGUGACAGUCAAACUCGUGAGUUCUUCAUAUUGACAGAGUCAGAACUCACACUUCUAUUUCCAGCUAUUGGGAGAAUACUGCAAGCCGCGAUUUUCAAUGAGCAAGGCAACUUGUGAAGUUAUGGAUUGUAGAGGGAAUAUGGCCAUGUAAAAAAAAUAUAUAUAUUUUUUAGAUUUUUGAUUUAAACGUUAGUUCACUCCAUCAUCGGCUUCAGACGGAAUUCCCAGGUCACCUGUAUAGGCAUCUGUUAUUUUUAUUAUUUUAUUUAUUUGGCUGUUUUUUAUUUUUAUUUAAUUUUUUCCCUGAUCAUCACAAUGUUCCAGUACAAUAAGAAGUGCUUCACCAUCGAAUCUCUUGUGGGCAAAGAUUCGAAUUCCUCCAGUGCUGCUGCGGAUGAGCCCAUCAGACCCACAGCUCUGAGAUUUACCGAAUCCAUACAUCCAUCUCCCUUUGGGAGCUGCUUCCAGAAUUCAGGCAGGACACUGUACGGCAGCGGCCCAGAGAUGAUGUUCGUAGAUCCGGCCACUCAUUCCACCAACACAGGCCUGUCUCUGCGUCACCUUCAGAUCCCCACACAGCCCUUCUUCAGUCCGCAUCAGAGGGACACCUUGAACUUCUACCCAUUGGUGCUGCGGAACAGAUAUCUGGGACACCGAUUCCAAGGUGAAGACAGUAGCCCAGAAAACCUGCUGCUACACGGGCCUUUCACCCGCAAGCCCAAGCGAAUCCGCACGGCCUUCUCCCCGUCACAGCUGCUACGGCUGGAACGUGCCUUUGAGAAGAACCAUUACGUGGUGGGAGCCGAGCGGAAGCAGCUAGCCAACGGGCUGUGCCUGACAGAGACACAGGUGAAGGUCUGGUUCCAAAACAGAAGGACCAAGCACAAAAGACAGAAGUUGGAGGAAGAGACAACAGAUUCCCAGCAGAAGAGGAAAGGCAGCCAGCAUGUGAGCCGCUGGAGGGUAGCAACUCAGCAGGGCAGCCCUGAGGACAUUGACGUCAUUUCAGAUGACUGAGAUCAUACGGUUGUAUUUAUUAUCUCGGGCAAUAAACCAUCAGUCAUGUUGAUGGAUUUCUGCCACUCACAGCAAAAAAGAAGUACAUUUUCAGACACUGCCAAUAAUUGAAUGGCUUGUAAACUACGGAACUGAGUCACAGCUAUGAAGUCGGCCAAAAUUGACUUCUGAUCAUGCACAAUUGUGAACAAAGACGUUGACAGCUGAACUGCUUACAAAGACUUGACUGUAAGACUUCUGUAUGCAAUACACAUGGACCUCUUCAUUUUGGAUCACAUUCCAUCUCAAAGCAAUGAAGACUUUUUUUUUUUUACCUUUGUUUUAUAGGUUUUAACUCUUCUCUUGCUCCUUUAUUAUCAGUCAGAACAUUUCCGUCAUUUCCAUCAUAUGUUGAUGACAAAGAUAAUAAAUAAAAACAACACUUUAGUAGAUUGAUAAAUGUUUCCUAAUGUUAAAUUGUUUCAGACAUUCGGUGAUCACAGUGCAACAACAAUCCAGUGCAUUAAUGAAUCACCCAUAAUUGUACCUCCAUACAAAAUGUUGUGAUACUUUUGAACUGGAUGUCUGUAUUUUGCAAAAUCAUUCUAACCAAUUUAACAGCAGAUUCACUAUAAGUGGCGAAACAACUCCUCACAGUCAGAUAUGUUUGAUAGUCUUUCUAGAAAACCACUUGUGCAGUUACACAUUUGAAAUUAUUCUAUUUAUUUAGAUUGAACAUACUUUUCUAUGCAUUUGAGCUACAAACCCAAAAUAUUAUUUUGUGUUUUACAUCUGGGUUAAAGCUUACUGAAGACUUUACGUGUAUUGUGUGCAAAUUAUUUUUAUAUAUGUUUUUUUUGGUACCACAAUGGCUCUUGAACUGAUAUCAAAUAUCAGUGAACUAAAGAAGCUUAGAAAAUGUUUCAAUUUCAUUUUACACUCAUACAAUUAAAAAAAGAGGAAAAAACAGUCUAACCUCCAAGACCCAGAAUGGUUUGUAGCACUUCAUAGCAGAUUGUUUGAUUUUGGGUUUUAUUUAAGUUGAUAAGCACUGUAAUGUCAUCCGUUUGUCUUCAC